UGCCUACCAGAUAUGCAUCUGGUCUUGCGGAUUGAUAUAUAAAAUUGGUGCAGCUUUGAAUUAUUUUUUGGGUGUGGUAUGAUUGCUAGUUAGCCUAUUGCAGAACUGGACAAACGACCCACCUACCACUAUUGCCACUAGGAAUGGUAGGAAGAGAGCAGGAUAUACAGUUUAACUGGUUUACACUCCCAAAAGCUAAAACAAAAAGUUAGACAACCCCUCCCCUAUUGAGCAAAAGAGUCUCUAGGGAAAUCAACAUUUACAAAUUUACUGGAAACAGUGCUUAUGCCUGGAACCUUCGCCGCUCCUGCUAUAUAGGUUACGUUUUGCCUUCACCUUUCCUCACAAAUUAAACUUUUCUUCGGCUCGCUCUUUUUCGUUUGCCCGAGAAGCUUUGUGUGUUUUUUUAAACACUAAGCUAAAUAAGUAUCUAUAUUCGCUUGCCAUGGAUCAACCACCAUCGUAUCAACCAGAGUUUGUCCCAAUGAACGGAAAUAAGUACAUGCGUCUUGAAGACCCUCACGGAGCGCCCAAGUUCCAACAUACCGUCGUCUUGGGACAGCCCCAGCCCGUUGUACCUCAGCCCAGAGAUCACAUUAUCUGGUCACUUUGCAGCCUCGUGUACGGCAACCCAUUAUGUCUCGGAAUGUUAGCGGUGUAUUUCUCCAUAAAGUCCAGGGAUAGGAAGAUGGUUGGAGACUUGGAGGGAGCAAGAAAACACGGGAAGACUGCACGCUGCUUUAAUGUUGUGACCCUGACCCUGGUCAUCCUCGGGCUGCUCUUCUUCUUCAUCAUCUAUGGUUUCUUCAUCUACAAAAUCUCACACUUGUAGUGUAGUUCCAGUCUUUGCUUUUGUCAAAAGUGUCUUUCCAGAUGUUUACACACCUCUCUAGGAUUGUGUCCUGAUACAUUUCUCUUACACGCACACACACACACACACACACACACACACACACACACACACACACACACACACACACACCACAGAAUUUCCUUCAGCACUGUGUACCAGAUGUUAUUUGCACUUCUUUAGUUUAGUGUUUUAGAGAUGCAAGAUGAUUCUGUUGAAGUUACAUUCAAAUGUUAUUUUCAUCAGUAAAUAUACGUUUUGUAAAUGCAUU